AUGAGUUUCUCCCUCGACAACCUCAAGAAAAACACCCUCACGAGCAUUGAAGAUGUGAUGAAAAAGCUGCCCGGAGAGAAACACAUGCUUGUGGAGCCUGGACUGCUUCGUGCUCUUGACAGCACCGUAUCGAUGCGGUUCCUCUCAAGCCUCGGCGUGAAGAAGGUCUUCAAGAUUCAAGACCUCCCGCCGGAGGCUUCGUUGUCAAGGCUUGUCUACGUUGUGCCGCCUACCAAGCAGUCAGUCCGCACUGUAAUCGCCCACGCAGAAAUGGACCGUAAAGCAGGCAUUCAACGCAACAAAUUGGUCGCGUUCGCGCCCAAACACACGGUUGCGGUUAAAACGCUGAUGGAGUCGCGCGGCGUUCUGGGUCACGACCUCCAGAUCGCGGAUCUGUCCUUCGGCUGGAUCCCAAUCGACACGGAUCUGAUUUCACUGAACCUGCCCGAGGUCUACACGAGCUACUUCCUCUACGGCGACACGUCGUGGCCGUACCACUUCGGUCAGAUGCUCGGACAUGUGCUGGAGAUCGUCCUGCCCCCGGGGCAAGCCCCAACUGACAUCAACCUGCAUGCGUUUGGCAGCGCGGCGCAGGUCGCUGCCGCCGGACUCAGUUCUGAGAUUGGUCGCAUCAAGGCCACGAAACCGGCGUCCUUCGAGAUGGCACCAGACUCAACCAAUCAGGAGUGCUCCUCGGCUGUACCGUUCCACCACCCCAUGUUUAUUCUCUUCAGCCGAAACCUGGAUUAUGUUACGCCAUUAAUGGUGCCCACAACAUUCGAGGCGCUCAUUCACGAGGUCAUAGGAAUCGAUAAUGGUGUUGUGGAACUUCCCGAUGUUCAAAAGGGCGAUAUAGUGCCGGCUAAGUUGAAUUUAAGCAGCUCCAAUAUCAGCUGUUUUAAGGAGGUCAGAAACGCUCACAUCUCCACCGUGCACAAGUGGCUGCAGGCGCAGCGUUCACAACUCGAGGACUCUCGCACAGGACUGGGCUUCUCUCUGGCCGCGUUGGACAGGAGUCUGCCUGGCUCAGGCAGUUCCCCUCGUGUCCCCAGUGCCGCCAGUCUCUCAGACCUCUCCGCCCAACUCAAACCCAUUCUGGCUGUGCGCAGAGACUUGACUGCUCUGUUAAUCUGCUUUGAGGAGGUACGUGGUCAAAAAUUAAGCUUAAACUACAAAGACGGAAAUGGAAGAUGUGUUUUGGGCCAGGUGCUGAUGGAGGUUACCUUCAAUAUUUCCCAAUCAAAGGAAGUUUAUUUGUGUAAAUACUAG